AUGGCACAAUUCUUCAAAAAUAACUUCCAGGAAGAUAGAUGGCGGAGGGCGGCCCUCAAGAAUGCCUUCACCCUGAUCGGCAAGCAGAGGUUCCAGUGUGCCGCUGCAUUUUUUAUCCUCGCUGGGGCCAUUCAAGACGCCGUGGAAGUGUGCUUGAAGAACUUGAACGACAUGCAACUAGCGAUUGUUGUUUUGCGCUUAUACGAACAAGAAUCAGCAGCAGCAGCUUCUUCGUUGUCGUCAUCAUCAUCACUAUCAUACAAGAAACUUCUCUCCGAAAAAAUUCUAGGAUCCCUUUAUAGAGCGGCGACAUCAACUUCAAUGACGUUAACGACUUCAUCUGACCCGUUCUUACGCAGCAUGGCCAAAUGGAUCCUGAACGACUACACCGGAUCUCUUGAGACGCUACUACAAAAUGAGGACGACGACGACGACUCGAGUGUUUUUAAUUUUUACAUCUAUCUGAGAUCGCAUCCUUUGAUUCUGAAGCAGCAGCAGGUCGGGAAGAUUCAGAAGAUGAAUUCUCUGGUGGAUAAGUUUGCUCAGGUGAAUUGCGUCACCCCAGUUGAGAGGAGAUUGUACUUCAUGACAGCCCACGAGCACCUACGAAAUGGCUGCCCCGCCCUCGCUCUCGAGGUCCUCAUGAAGUUACCCCCAAUGAUAUCUCCACAAAUUGAUGACGACAACGACGACAAUGUCGCUACUACCGUCACUACUACUGACACCACUACUACCGAAACUACUACUACAAUUACUGCCGAUGCUAUAAAUAGCAAUAGAGAAUCGGCCAAUGAGAGCGCGGGUAAUUUUAUGAAUGAAUAUUCAACUGCUGAGGCAUUCGAUUGGAGCCAACCCGUCUAUAACAGUAUGAAGAGUCGUGAUAAUGAUGACGAUCAAUUAGUUCUGGAUUUCAGUGUCGGUGGUGAUGAUGACGAUAGUGGUGAUGAUGAUGAUGAUGAUAUGGGGAGGAGGAAGAAGAAGAAGAAUGUUGAUGAUGAUGACGGGAGGGUGAAAGAAGAAGAUGAUGAUGGUGCCGAGGGGGAGAAAAAAUCCAAGAUGGCUUCAGAUAACGUGAAGCAGCAGCAGCAUGACGUAAUGGCCCAGCAGUUCAAGUUCAUAGCUUGCUUGCGCAUGAUAGCUGACGAGCUGGCCACACUGGCAGCUGGGUUCGGGGUUGAUGGUGGCCAGCUUCGCUACCAGCUGUACUAUUGGCUGGAGAGCGAGGUGGAAGUGCUGAGGAGAGUCUGCAGUUACCAGGAGGAUCAUACGUCGUCCAUCAGCUGUGAUGAUGACGAAGACGACGGUGUGGAUGACGAUGACUUCUUUUUAGAAACGAAACGCCAGCGAAUCAGGAAGAAGCGGAAGUGGCUGAGAGCCAAUCACAACCUUCUAGUAACCUUACUCAGUUACACGAUACUGCAUGACAGCAAUGGUGGCGGCUACGCUUCUGUCAGGACUGAGAUACUACUGCUUCUGCAGCCAAAAAACAGCAGCAGUAGUAGCAGCAGUAGCAACAGUCGUCUUCUAUCUAAACCUCUUCCUAUCCCAAGAGACAUCCCCAUGCUGACGUCAGCCCUAAUUGGACCGCACUCCGUGGUGACGGAUCUACUCCAGUACCUCGGGAAUAUGUGUCACGACUUGCUCUCAACGUUCGCCUGCAUGGGCAGUCCUCCUGAUAGCAGCUACCCCAGAGAUAAGAUAUACCACAUAUUUGCCGUUGGGGCUGGCCUAUCAUCGUGCGUUUACCAGAGUUUAAGUGGGGACCACAGCUCAUUGGAUAAUUCAAAUACCACACCAGGAUUGGACGGUGGCCUCUUUGCGUUCGGCCAAUCACAGAGGGAAAGUUACCUGCUUGGUCGAGCCGGUAGGCGGAGCUUAACUGAUGAUUAUUCAGAAGCGCCUAAAAGUGAACCUUCGAAAUGGCCUGGCGUCAGCUAUCUGACGUCACUGUUGAAAAAAAUUCACGAAGACGAUGCUCCACAGCUAAUAACCCUCCUCCUCCAAUCACUGCUCUCCGUCUAUCUCAGCCUGCUCUGCUAUUCGCUGGCUACUUACGAUGCCCCAGUUAUCUCGCGCCUCAUUGGUCAGCCGUUGAAUAAGGAAUGUUGGGGUACGGUAUUUGGGGGAGGAGUUAAACAGUUAGUGAAGAUGGCGCCUGUAUCUAGCACGAGUAGGACCAACAAUUCUAGUGUGAUCGUCAAUGGAGCUAUUCAGCAGCAGCAGCAGCAGCAGAUGUUACAACAACAGCAGCAACAACUACAGCAGCAACAACUACAGCAGCAACAGCAGCAACGGUUUCAUGGCGACAGCUAUAGAGAGAAAUUUAUCCCGCCGAAAAUGAGCAUAAUUAAUUAUUUCCUUUCAAGGUCGGACCAACAGCAGCAGCAAACUUCAAAGAAGAAUGAUGAUGACGACGACGACGAUGCCGAAGAUGAUGACGAUGAUGAUGAUAAUGAUGGUGACGUCGGUGCUGAUGAUGAUUAUGCUCCGGGUGGCGCUUGUGGUUAUGGCUCUGCCCGAAAGAAAAAUAAAAAAGCGUCAAGGUCGGACACGACUCACCUCGAUCCUGAUUCGUUGCCGUGGAAGUUGAUACGAUACGCCGUGGUGAGGUACGUGAAUGUCAGCUUGGGAGCUUUCCUACCAGCCAUCGGGUUGGAACCCGGAGAGCUGGAUCACAGUUCCUCCCUGUUGGAUUCCGUGGUCAAGAAUCUGCUGAGGUGGGAGGCGGGACUUAGGAGAGAGGUCGACGGCUCUUCCGACUCUAUCGAGAUACCAAACUUGUACGUGGAACCAACCUCCCUAUUUGGUAAUGUCACUAUUCAGAAGUACAGCUCACUGAUGGACAGCAAGAAUACGCCAUUCCUAUCUAAACACAAAACUGCAAAGCCUGCGAAAAAGCUAUGGACGGAGUUGGUUUCGAAACCUCAACUGCAAGAUAUUUUCAUAAAAUACGUCUUCAAAAGUAAAAAACUUCCCGCUACUGCAGAAAUUACUACUUCCGGUUUUGAUAAUGAUUACAAUGAACCAAUGAAAAUCAUCCACAAAGAUCAAGACGUCAUUACGUCAUUUGCCAUCAACCAAGUAGUAGUAGUUGUAGUAGUAGUAGAAGUAGUAAUAGUAUCAAUAAAUUUAGUAGUAGUAUUAUAG